AUGACGCGCGGCGAUUUCCGACCCCGCGCGUGGGUCGUCAUGGGCGUCGCCGGCGCGGGCAAGAGCACGCUCGCCGCCGCGCUUCGCGACGCGCUCGCGUCGAGCUACCCGCGCCGCCCCGCGCCCGUCUUCAUCGAAGGCGACGACCAUCACGCCGCGGAGAGCAAGGCGAAGAUGUCCAGAGGCGAAAGCCUGACGGAGGCGGACCGCGCGCCGUGGCUGAGAUCCAUCGCGGACGCGAUCUCGCUCGAGACGCGCGCGCGCGUCGGCGUCGGCGGCGGCGGCGGCGGCGGCCCCGACGCUCCGGACGCGUCCGCGGCGCCACCCCGCGACGUCGUCGUCGCGUGCAGCGCGCUGAAGCGCGCGCACAGAGACGUCCUCGCGUCCGUCCCGGGCGUGGAGACGCGCUUCAUCUUUCUCUCCCCGGCGACGCGCGAGGCGGCGGCGGCGAGGCUCCGGACGCGCGCCGCCGCCGAUCCCGGCGGCCACUUCGCGGGCGAAGCGCUCCUCGCGUCGCAGCUUGCGGACCUCGAGAGCGACGCGGCGAGCUUCGAAGGGCACCACGUGCAUCGAAUGCGCGCGUUCGGCGGGCGCGGAGAGAACGAGGAGGAGGACGACGGCGACGGCGACGCGGCGGCGGCGGCGGUGGCGGCGGCGGCGGCGGCGGCGGCUGUGGAAGCGACGGCGCGAGAGGCGACGAACCACGUCCUCGACGUCGUCUUCGCCCGCGCCGCCGCUUCGGAGGGUCCGGACGGUUCUUCUGACGCGCCGUCGAAACCGAAACGACCGCGGGAUCAGAGGAACGGACCGCCGAGGCUGGACCCUUCCACGUUGACGGACGACGUGCGCGCGUUUAUGGACGAAUGGUGGGCGAGGCUGUGCGCGCGCGGCGUCUCCGGCGCGGUGCCCGACGCGGCGAACGCCAUCGACCACGUCUGCUGGCGUUGCGAGACCGCGGAGGAGUACCACGACGCGGUGAAAGCGCUCGCGGACGCGGGUCACGACGUCGCGGGGACGAAAUCGAUCGGCGGACGACCGAUCACGACGGUUCGGUUGAAAGCGCCGGUGCGGUGGGCGCGGUUUCAGAUCCCCGCGAUCGAGGUCCCGGCGCCCAAGGCGUUUCGGCCGAGACCGCGCGGAUUCGAGCACGCCGAGGUCGCGCUCCUGUGCGACGCCGACGGGUUCACGGAAACGAACGCGAUCGAGGCGUUCCUCUCGAAGUUUCCGGACCUCGAGUGGAACCGCGACGGCGUGCGCAAGGCGAUCAACCCGGACGUUAGCCUGUCGUUGGGCGGCGGCGUCGCGGUCAAGUUCCACAACCGCCCGCUUCUGGACGUCGUCGACUUCGAGCGCGCGUCGGGCGCGUCCUCCUCACACUGGUCCCCAUACGAUUCCGUUCGCGCGGUGCACGCCGAUCCGUGA